UGUGCAGGGGGACGUGCCAAAGCGCAGCAACACACCAAGGAGGGCUGACUGGAGUGUGUGUGUGUGUGUUAAUCAGUGGAGCUCAACACGCACUGACCGACACACACCUGCAGGUCCGCACUGGCCUCUCAUCUCCGACCUGUCGACUGCAGAGCCGCUAUGGAGAAGGACGACCUCAUUGUCCCGAAGGACUUUCCAGAGCUCAAGAAUGACACAUUCUUACGAGCUGCCCGCGGCGAGGAGGUCGAACAUGUUCCAGUGUGGUGUAUGAGACAAGCCGGACGCUACCUGCCAGAGUUCAGGGAAUCCAGAGCAGGGAAGGAUUUCUUCGAGACGUGCCGCUCCCCUGAAGCCUGCUGUGAGCUGACACUACAGCCACUGAGACGUUUCCCUUUUGAUGCAUCGAUCAUCUUCUCGGACAUCCUGGUUGUACCACAGGCGCUGGGUAUGGAUGUCCAGAUGUCUCCAGGAAAAGGCCCUGUAUUCCCAGAGCCCCUGAAGGAGCCUGAUGAUCUGCAGAGGCUUCGGCCCAAAGUGGACGUAGAUGCUGAGCUCGGCUACGUCUUCAAGGCCAUCACCCUGACCCGACACAAACUAGAGGGAAAGGUUCCGCUCAUCGGCUUCACUGGAGCACCCUGGACUCUGAUGUCCUAUAUGAUUGAGGGUGGAGGCUCCACCACCCACUCGAAGGCGAAACGCUGGUUAUACCGACAUCCAGAGGCCAGCCAUAAGCUUCUGAGACAACUCACUGAUGUCAUUGUGGAGUAUCUGCUGGGCCAGGUGAAAGCUGGAGCACAGGCUCUGCAGGUGUUUGAAUCCCACACUGGCUGUCUGGGCCCAGCAGAGUUUAAGGAGUUCUCUCUGCCAUACCUGCGGGACAUUGCACGCAGGGUUAAAGACAAGCUGAAAGAGUCCGGACUGGACAACGUGCCUAUGAUUGUAUUUGCGAAGGAUGGUCAUUACGGUCUGGAGGAACUCUCCCAGUCCCAUUAUGAGGUAGUGGGUCUGGACUGGACUAUUGACCCGCGCUCAGCACGGGAGCGGACCGGAGGGAAGGUCAGUCUGCAGGGCAAUAUGGACCCCUGUGCACUUUAUGCCACUAAGGAGCGCAUUUCCGAGAUAGUGAAGACGAUGGUGGAAGGUUUUGGCACCAGAGGCUACAUCGCUAACCUGGGCCACGGUGUGUACCCCGACAUGGACCCGGAGAGCGUGGGUGCCUUCGUGGAGGCCGUCCACACACACUCUCGCCAGCUCCUCAACCGCAACUAAGCCGUUACCGUCCGUCAGAACAGUCCAGCCAGAAGAAACAGCACCACCAGAGCAUGUGACUGUACACGUGGUCUAAUCAUACAGCCUUAGAUGCUUAGCAAUCACUUUUAGGCAGAAUGUGAAACUGUUAGCCGUACUGAGCCGUCUUCUGGCUGUCUGCACUGCAAUCACGACUGAAACAGAGGGACCUGUUAAAGGCACAGACCGAUCAGAAAUGCGAACACAGAGGAAAGUGGAUAGAUGUUAGCAUUUAUGAUCAGAUGACCCCUUUGAGCACUAGUGUAUUGAUAUAUGUGGAUGUUUUUGUAUUUAGCCAAAUAAAGACGUAUCCUUUUAA